AAAAAGGCGAGCAAGAGGGAGAAGAGUGCGACGAAGACGGUGAGAAAAUGAGCGCCAGCAGUCGGAAAGUGGAGAUUUCUUAAAGUGUUCAGUUAUUAAAUCCAUAGAAAUGAUAAAUAUUUGAUAUAUAGCAUAUUUUUACAUUAGUAAAUAAUUUUACACAUAGUUUAGCAUUAUUUUGGUUAUAAAUGUACUCUACGCAACAGAAAAUCUGAGGAGCCACUUGGGAGCCGAAACAGCCGGCUCUUUUUGAUGAGCUGAGCCAAAAGAACCGACUCUCUAAAAAGAGCCGGAAUUCCCAUCACUAUUCAACUGUCAUAUGGAACUAUUUUCCAACCAUGACGUCGUUAACGUCGUUUCAACGGUUAUUAAAUGUCCAAAUGUUUGCUUGGAAGAAAGUAAAUGUCCUGGGAUACAUUUGUUGGUGAAAAUUAAUUAGUUUUGACUAAAUUCACCGUUUUUCUGUAAUUAACAGGCGUUAAUUAACGUUGUGCCGUGAUUUUUACUGUAAAGUGAUGGUUGGAGGUGACCCCAGCGGCUCCUAAUCUGCAUAGCGGGGCUGAGAGGCACUUCUCAGCCGCUCACAGGACAAGGAGGAGGUGGGAGGGGAAAUUACAACGUAGUAGAGACCCAAUCACUCCGUCCGUCAGUCAGACAAGUUUCCAGCUUCUCAGCCAUCAUUAUCGCCGCGUAAAAACUCCUCUUUCUUGACAUGAACCCACUCAGACGGAACCCAUGCGGGGAUAGAAGGCCGUGAAAGCGGGUUCGAGCCCCGGUUCGGACCCCGGAGCUGAAUAUGGGUCAGACUGCUGUGUCUGCCGUGUCUCAGACAGCAAGCGUCGAUGGCCUGGAGAAACCAUCUGUGGCUAGCUGUGACGUGGUUGUGGACAACGCCACUAAUACCCUGAAUGCGCCGGGCUCAAGGCAGCAGCGAGGCAAGCUGUCAUCGCUGGGAAAAAUAUUCAAGCCCUGGAAGUGGAGGAAGAAGAAAACCAGCGACAAAUUCCAGGAUCUCUCCAAAGUUCUAGAAAGAAAAAUCUCCACCAGACAAACGAGAGAGGAGCUGAUAAAGAAAGGAGUUCUCAUCCCUGAACAAGAUGAACCAGUCGUCAGUGAGAAUCUCAACGGCCACGCAACAUCCAGUUUGACAUCGGAGGAGGUCAAAGUGGACAUUGAAACUCCAGAAAAACUCGUCAAGGAUCAAAGCACAGAGACUGCCAGCACCCAAGACAAAACGGCAAAGUGUGACGCUAAACCCGCUUCCCGGACAAACCAGGUGCGAUCUCGGGACGCUCCGGCUAAAAAACAGCAAGGCAACACUAUUCCAAGUGCUACCAAGCCUGCUGGUGGCACCGCCGCCACUGUGGCUAGGCACAAAGAUGGUGCCCCAGGAGCUAAAAAGACUGCCAAAGCCACAGGCAAGACUGCCACUUCCACACAGGCUAAAGCUAACCCACGGCACACUAACGCCACGAGUCGAGGGGUUGCCAAAUCCUCAAACCCAAAAAAGGCAGCAACAACAACAAAGAGCACCCCCGUCUCCACCUCCACACCUCGUUCUCGGGGGCCUAAAGAUGCUGCUGCUUCAGCCAAGCCUAAUGGGAAGGAUGCAAAGGCCAGAGACACUGCAAACCCUUCUUCUGUACCUCACAAAGACUCCACAGAGACUUCUAAUCAGCCUGGAGAGUUAAAAUCCUUACAGCUUCCCUCUGACAACAAGCCUGUUUCUUCUAAAGCCUCGGGGAGUGAGGCAGAAGGGAGUCAGGCUGGUUCUCAACCCCACAAAUCUGCUCCCAGGGACUCUACUUCAGCUGAAGAGACUCCUAAAGGUUUGGCUGCUGAUUCCACUCUCCAGCCCCCUAAAAUCAACGUGGCUGCAGAAGACACGCCCAUCACAGUGGGGGAGAGGGAAAAUGGCACACAGGAGGAGAAACGGAAAGUAACAGAAGGGGAAGAAGGAGGAGGAGACGUGAAAAGGAAAGGAGAAACGGAGUUUGGGACAGAGAAAAGCCUGAGGUCUAAGGAGGGGGACUUGGAAAAAACCCCGGGCCUCAGUGUGAAAACGGAGCAGGCCGAGGUGACGAUCAUUCCAGACAGGCCGAGAGACAGCCAGACGAGCGACUCGGAUUCUGACGGGCCAAUCCUCUACCGGAGUGAGGAAGAGGAUGAGGAGGAGGAUGAAGAUGAAUACACAAACAGCUCUUUGGCCAGCAAGAUCCGCCGUCGAGACACGCUGAACAUCAAGCUUGGCAACCGACCCAGCAAGAAAGAGCUGGAGGAGAAGAAUAUUCUUCCACGGAGCUCUGAGACGGAGAGACACGAGCUCCGCCAACAGAUAGGAUGUGCAUUAGUCCGGCGCCUGAGCCAAAGACCCACAACAGAGGAGCUGGAGCAGAGAAACAUCCUGAAGCAGAAGAAUGAGGAGGAGGAGAAAGAAGCCAAGCAGGAGAUUAAAAGGAGACUCACUAGAAAGUUGAGUUUGAGGCCGACGGUAGCAGAGCUCAUUGCUCGGAGGAUUCUGCGUUUUAACGAGUACGUGGAGGUGACGGAUGCUAAGGAUUAUGAUCGGCGGGCGGACAAGCCCUGGACGAGGCUUACUCCUGCUGACAAGGCUGCUAUCCGUAAGGAGCUGAAUGAGUUUAAGAGCCGAGAGAUGGAGGUUCAUGAGGACAGCAAACAGUUCACCAGGUUUCAUCGGCCCUAGGUGCUCUAACUGCUUCUUCCUCACACCUCCUCUUUAUGUUCUUCUAAAUCCAACACUUUGAACUGUGAGCAGAGAAAAGUGCUGUUCUUGUUUGAUUUAAAUGAGCCAGAUCCACAGCCUUGGCGUUGUCGACUUAUGUCAGAGUUUAACGGGAUGUUUAACAGAAAUAAGUCAUUCUGUGCUUUUCCUGCUUCAACACUUCAGAGCGUCUUCUGUGGAGAAGGUCUUAUUCCUCCGACGAUGCCUGCUCAUGUCUGUAAUGACGGCUACAGUCGUGUCUUAAGGCACCAACAGAAAAUUUGCACAUAUCUAAAAUGAGAACAGUGCUGUGUAUAAAACGUAUUAUUUAUUGUUGAGCAUCAGAAACAUCUGUUUGUUUGUUUUUGUUCUCAGGCUUUGUGAUGACAAAGUUAAACUUUGUAAUUGUCAAUGUAACUCAAAUGUACUAUAAAGUAAGUCAGAUUGCCAUGGUUUGCCUUGUUGUAACCCCUCAAUGGCCAUAUAUGGACAUCCUCCCUAGAACAGGAAACGUGGAUGAUUGGAAGGUUUCUCACUGAUGUCAGUGCCUAUGAGGAGGAGAGGAAGUAAGUUCUGCUCCACCGUGCCUCUUAGUGUUGACUCAAAUACUGCAGCUCAUUUUUUAGACGUUUAUUAAAUUGCAUCGCCACUAGAGGGCAUUAUAUCAUAAAUGUUGUGUUAUGAGGUUGUGUGUGUGUGUGUGUGUGUGUGUGUGUGUGUGUGUGUGUGUGUGUGUGUGUGUGUGUGUGUGUGUGUGUGUGUGUGUGUGUGUGUGUGUGUGUGUGUGUGUGUGUGUGUGUGUGUGUGUUUGCUAGUGUCACAUUUAAAACUGAUUAAGACGUGGGAGCAAUGGACACCUGGGGUGUAAACAGUAAAGUAUAGUAGAUUGUUGUUUUAUCUCCCAAUACAUAAUGAUUCUGUGCCAUCAUCUUGUGUUUUGUUGCAAAAGUGCAGCUUCGGUUUUUACAUUGCUGUUUGUCAUUUAAAAGCCUUUGGCAGGAGCCAAAGGAAACAACAAAAAAAGCUGAAUUUGGAUUUGUUCUGAGACUUAAAUGAAGAUUUUUCGGUGUAGACACUGAAGAUAUGAGAUUUUCCAGUUUAUUCAGAUCGGAUUAGAUGGAGGAGAGUAAAAACAAAAAUGUUACCAAAGUGCAUCAAUCAGCAGCUUGUGAUACUAAAGUAUGGACAGACUAUUUACAGCUCGCUGUCACACACACACACACUUUGAAAUCACUUGUUUGGAACUAUUUGGGUUGAAUUAAUUUAAAAAUGUAUUUUAUGAACAGAUGUGAAUCAUACUGUGCUCAUUUAUGAGCCUUAAAGUGAUUUUUAAUCUUCAUUUGUUUUUUUUAGAUUCAUUAAUUUUUUUAUCCACUUCAGAUAAAAUCCAAACCCUCAAGAUGCAUGAUAAUAUGGGAUGUAAAGAGGAUGAAUUAGGGGUGAUGUUUUAGCGUGUGGGUGGGAUUUGGUUAGCUUUUACCCAGAGAGGAUGUAUUUUUCCCAUCAGAGCACCAAUCUCAUGAACACUUAUUUCUAACAGUAACAGAAAAAGCGUUGCUCUGCUUCUGGAUGUCUGGAGGUUUUCAAAACGAUGUACAGUGAUGGUGAAACCAACAGUAUUCAUUCAUGUCUGUGUUGGUAUAUAUGGACUAUUUUGUCCAGAAUGUGUAUCGGAGCAUGAAUUAGGUUUUUAAAUGUCACACCUUUGUGAGAGUUGUAAGCUUUUUUUUGUCCUGAUUAUCUUCUAAGGCUGAUAAGUGAGCUCAAGUCUAAAUGUUUUAGACGACAUAUCAGUCUUCGCCUACGUGCUCCCCUUCCUCUCCAGCUGUAUUCUAUUCAAAGUUAUUUCAGAACCCACAUCGGCUUCAUUGUUUGACUUAUUUUCUUUUAGAAAUGAGAAUAAAUUAUAAAGUAAUACAAGUAAAGCACAACAGGGAAUGUUUAAUCCCUUUUUAGGAGUUAGGAAAAAUAAGUUAUUUAAAGCAAAAAUCAAUCAAUCCUGUAAAGAAACCAUUAAAGCUUUGGUAACAUUUUACAAGAAGGGUCCCUUUAAUAAUGUCAGGGCAUUAUUAAGCAUUAAUAAACUGUUGAAUAAAGCAUUAACAACUGCCUAACCAUGUUAUGUAAUGCAUUACUAAGCAGACCCCCCCCCCCCUCUUUAAUGUAACCUUAAGGACACCUAAUAGUUAAUAUUAAAGAUACCAUUUGUUUAUUAAUGCACUAAUAAUGUGAAUAAAGACACCCUUUGUUUAUCAAUUUCUAAUAUGCACUAAUAAUAUUAAUAAGAGAACCUUUGUUAAUGCUUAAUGGACUAAGUAACAUUUAUAAAGGGACCCUUUGUUUAUUAAUGCUUAAAAAUGCAAUAGGUAACGUUAAUAAGGGACCCUUUGUUUAUUAAUGCUUAAUAAAGCACUAAUAAUGUUAAUAAAUUUACCCUUUUUAUUAAUGCUUAACAAUGCAGUAAGUAAUGUUAAUAAAGGGACCCUUUGGUUAAUAAUGCAUUAAAAAUGUUAAUAAAUGGACCCUUUAUUUAUUAAUGCUCAAUAAUGCAAAUCGUUUUAAUAAAGGGACCUUUAUUGUAAAGUGUUCCCAGAAUUUUGAAUAUCUAAUUUUAAAAUACUAUUUAUGAAAAUUAGGAGCCUUAAACGUGUAUAAAUAAUUUACAAACUAUGUAUGAGUAAAUGAAACGUGAUUAUGACAUGGUGCAAUAUUAAAAUUCCACCCAUUAUUUGUCAUUAUUAGGUUGAUAUAUUAAUAUUCAAAAAAAAUCAACUAACGCUUAAACUCUUCAUGCAUUUUAUAAUGGAGGCUGUUUUAGGAAACGUGCCAACUUGAGUUUUACGCUUAUUUAGGAGAUCUGUAUUUAAUUUUUUUUAUUAUAAAUGUAAAGAAUAAACAUUUAUUAAUCCAACCCAAAAAACAUUGUUGCUUUUUAUAGAAUUGAAGAAAUUUAAUGGUCAAUGUUUGGUUCACCUUUAAAAACCAGAAUUUUUUGUAAUGUUUGCUGAAUUGGUUUAAAACCCCAUAUUUUCUUGUUUGCCCUGGAACUUUUCUCUCUUCAUGGAUCCAUGCUUCUGUUUGAGCUGUGAGCUCCCAUGCUUCACAUUUCCUUUAUCUCUUUCCUGGCGGAACGGUCAUUAAUUUCAGGCUUGCGCUUUUGAUCAGCUGAUUUUUUUUCUCUUCACGGACAUUUUCUGGAAAGUGAAAUGCUUUAAACCUCUGCUUUAAGUGUGGCGUCAGGAAAAAAGAUUUUUCUUGAGCUUCCUGGAACUGGAUAUUUGACAUAAAGUCUCUCUGAAGCUUACGUUACUCAGUAUAUCCAUAAACGGCUCCUGUUACAUCUUAAUUGUGUAUAGUGUUAAAGCCAUUGCUUUACCCAUGAAUGUUUUGUCAUUGUAAAAGAAUGUAUAUAAGAUAAGAAUGAAUGUAGGUAUUAAAAUAUGAACACAA